UCUUUAAGAAAUCGUAACUAUUUUUACGACAUACAAACAUUCUCAUUUUUGGUCGUAAGAAACGUGGCAUUUUGACAGACAGACAGUGAAAAAGGAAUCAUGAAGUUUUUGGUAGCACUCGUCUUGUUGAAUCUGCAUUAUGUUCUGGGAGGAGAUUUAACUGUUACCAAGAAGGUCUACUUUGACAUUAAGAUUGGGACGAAAGAUGCAGGCCGCAUUGUUAUUGGCCUCUUUGGGCAAGCAGCCCCAAAGACCGUAGAAAACUUCCGACAACUUGCUGUUGGUAAUGUGAAUGGUGAAGCAGGUUUUGGUUAUCAAGGGAGCUCAUUCCACAGGGUUAUCAAUAAUUUCAUGAUACAAGGUGGAGAUUUCACCACUGGCGAUGGAAGAGGAGGGAAGAGCAUAUAUGGAGAAUAUUUUCCCGAUGAGAAGCCAUUUAAGCUGUCCCAUUAUGGAGCUGGCUGGCUGAGCAUGGCCAAUGCUGGACCAGAUACCAAUGGCUCCCAGUUCUUCAUUACAUGCAUCAAGACACCAUGGUUAGAUGGCAAACACAUCGUCUUUGGCAAGGUUCUGGAGGGAAUGAACGUAGUGCGGGUCAUUGAGGCAGUCCAGACUGACUCCAUGGAUCGCCCUAUAGAAGACGUGACAAUUGUCAAGAGUGGGGAAUUACCAGUGGCCACACCCUUUGACGUCACUACAGAUGAUGCAACUGCAUAAAGCUGCUUUUUUACAAGUUUUAAAUAUGUGUUCUGUGUUCAGCUUUUUCGUUUAAUUUUGUCAAAAUUUAUAUUAAUAGAGAUUUUUAAGGAUUUUUAACAAUUUUCAAGUCAAAUUUUUUUGUGUAGCAAUAGAAAGUUAUAUUUUUUUUAUUCAAAUAUAUAAUCAGUAUAUUCUUGCCAUUAUGAGUAACUGAUUCUCAGGUGCAGGCAAGUUCUUCACCGUCCAUUUCUUGUGAAUGACAAAUAUGUUCAUUCUUGAAAUGUGCCUUAAUUCAUAAGGCCAGUGUGCCAGUUUUAUGACAUCGAAUUAUGUAAAGGUUUACACUUAAUUUGUAUUCUAAGUGCCAAAUCUAUUUAUACAUACAUGUAUAUUUCAAAUCAAAGAUUUUUUUGCUGAUUUUCUAGUAAUUGUUGUGUUGAACCAAAUACUGAAUCUCAGACAUUAAAUUUAUAAAGUUCA